AUGCAUGAGAAAGCUUUCACCAAAGUUAAAAAUGCUAUUGCUUCGGACUGUACGAUGGCAUUUUAUGAUCCAAAUCGACCUACGAAAUUGACAGUGGAUGCAAGUCCUGUCGGACUUGGUGCAGUAUUAGCCCAAACACAAGAAAAUGGGCAAGAUCGCUGCAUAGCGUAUGCUAGUCGUUCCCUAACGCCUGUGGAAGCUCGCUACUCGCAGACCGAAAAAGAAGCACUGGCUGCCGUGUGGGGUUGUGAACGUUUUCAUCUUUACCUUGUUGGAACACAAUUUGACCUCAUCACUGACCACAAACCAUUGGAAGUCAUUUACAGCCCAAAGUCCAAACCACCACUCCGGAUAGAACGUUGGUUACUACGAUUGCAACAAUACAAGUUUAAUAUCAAGUAUCGACCAGGUAGCAGCAACCCAGCUGACGUGUUGUCUCGACAACCUUUAUUCACCAACUACAAGUCAAGUACCAUAGCGGAGAAAUAUGUCAAUUUCAUCCAAAGUCACUCGGUUCCUAAAUCACUCAUGCUCGAUGAGAUUCGUAUCGCAACGUUAAAUGAUCCUGAACUGCAGAGAGUAACUAGCGCAGUAAAGGAAGAUCGAUGGAACAAAACAGAUAGUUGUUUAAGUCCAUAUCGUAAUCAGCACGAACAGUUGACAGUUUCGGAAUGUGGAGUUAUACUACGAAAUUCACAGAUUGUUAUCCCAAAGAGUCUCCGUAGUCGUGUCCUUUCUAUCGCUCAUGAAGGACAUCAAGGGAUAGUUAAAACUAAAAUGCUUGUAUGCAGUAAAGUAUGGUGGCCUGGUAUUGACAAGCAAGUGGAGCAAAUGGUUAAAGAAUGUAUACCCUGCCAAGCAGCAGUACACCAGUCACCAAAAUGUCAACCACCCCUGAAUAUGACAAAGUUACCUCCACAUCCUUGGCACACACUUAAUGCAGAUUUCUGUGGUCCAUUCCCAAAUGGCGAGAAAUUGUUGGUCGUGAUUGACGCCUAUUCCAGAUAUCCAGAAGUUGAAGUGAUGCAAAGCACGACAACCACGGUUGUGAUCUCCAAACUCCAAAGAAUCUUUGCCCGACAUGGAUAUCCCAAAGAAUUGAUAACCGAUAACGGACCCCCGUUCAAUGCGGUUGAGUUCACCGAAUAUCUAGCUGCACAUAGAGUCCAUCACCGCCGAAUCACACCUUAUUGGCCUCAAGCCAACGGUGAGGCAGAGCAAUUCAUGAAAACAGUAACAAAAGCAAUCCGUACUGCUCAUUCGGAAGGAAAAAGAUGGCAAAAUGAAUUAGAUCUUUUUCUUCUCAACUACAGAUCCACACCUAAUUCUACGACACACACUAGUCCAGCUGAACUUUUGUUCAAUCGCUCAAUUAGAAAUAAGCUUCCUAGUUUCUCAUCCCUACAACACAAUGAUGGCCCUGUGGAACACCACGUUGUUCGAGAUAAGGAGGAAAAGGGGAAAAUGAAAGUCCAUGCUGAUAGAAGAAACAACGCGAAAGAAAGUCAGUUGAAAGUUGGUGAUUACGUGCUAAUGCAAGUCCCGAAGGACAAUAAGUUAUCAAUGCCUUUCAAUCCAAAACCAUUUAAAGUGAUUGAAAUCAAAGGCAACAUGGUAACAGCUCGUAAUACAGAGCGCACCGUAACCCGGAAUGUAUCGUGUUUCAAAUGUCUCACAAAUUACAAGAAAUUCAAUAAACAGCAAUUAACAUUAAUGAGUUAUUUUAAAGAAAAGGAGGGAUGUAAUGUAGUCACGUCAUGUCACGUGAUGUAA